AUGGACGGUUUAUUAACUUUUGAUGUCAACCAGUCUUUAAAAUAUUACCUCAGUGACCCUGCUUCUGUUCUUACUCCAGACGCCGCCCCAGAGCUCCUCGACUGUGAAACGGAUUCUGACUUACUAACCUUACCCUUAGUGGACCAAGUCUUGGAUCCAAUCGUCGACGCAGUGGCAGAGCUCCCAGAUGGGCUGCUAAGAAAUGGUUUCUUUGACUCAUUACAAUGUCUACUUAAAUCUUGUUCCGUGCUGUCAACGCAGUCUCUCAGUAAAAUUUUGGAUCUUAUAGUAUCUGGUCUAGCUGUUGAAGCAGACGCUGCCCAUAAUGACCUUGAAUCAGAUGAAACCGACCUCAUUCCCCAUCAUAAACAGCUCCUUGAAAUGUACGCUUUUUUGUUACAGUGGGCCGUGUCUUCCGUGGAGGCUAAGAUCGCUGAAAAGCCUGCAUCUACUGCAUCUGCCAGGCGAGGGGCCGGAAAGUCUUCAAAAUCAAAGCCAGGGGCAAAGGAAACCACCUGGGACUCAGGGGCCCAGUUACAAAUAGCCAUGGAGACCAUGUGCAAGGUACUGAAGCUCAAACUGAGUAAAAUAUUUAUGACCACUUCAGACCGGGAUACAUUUGUGAACCUCUUUACACGCUCCAUAUAUCUUGUUCUUGAGAGUGAGCAACGAGUGAAGAGUAUGAAUAUUCGGAUGCAUGCAUUUAAGGUUUUAUGCAUUGCUGUCAAGCACCAUGGUCAUGGCUUUGGUGCACAAACAUCGAUUGUUCAGAGUCUUACAUAUUUUGAACAUCUUUCAGAACCGAUGGCUGAAUUUUUGCACAUUCUUGCAGAUCAAUACGAUUACCCGCAGCUAUCAGACGAAAUCCUAAGGGAACUAGGAAAUAAAGAAUUCAAUCCUAAUGAUACCAAAGGACCGAAAUCCGUAUCAAUAUUUAUUACGAAGCUGUCAGAGUUGGCGCCACGUUUGAUCAUCAAGCAGAUGACUCUAAUAGCCAAACAGCUUGAUAGUGAGGCUUAUACACUACGAUGUGCAGUCAUUGAAGUUUGUGGUAAUCUGAUCGCCGAUUUGAGUAAACAAGAUGAAAGAAGCGAAAGCGCAAAAUCCCAAAUCAACUCAUUCUUUGAUGUGUUGGAGGAGCGAUUCCUUGACGUGAACCCUUUUUGUCGAUCUCGUGCAAUACAGGUAUACAUGAGGCUUUGCGACUUAGACCAGAAGUUUCCAAAACGACGCCAAGCUGCUGCAGAGCUAGCCUUAAGGAGUCUAGAGGAUCGAAGCAGUCAUGUUCGUAGGAAUGCGAUAAAGCUGCUGGCCAAACUUGUUUCAUCGCAUCCGUUCAGUGUCAUGCACGGUGGCCAGCUAUCGUUUAAAGAAUGGGAAGCAAGGCUCGAGGCUGUGGAUUUCGAGUUGACUACUCUGAAACCACCUCCGGAAACCCCUAUGCUAGCUGAGGUAGGCCUCGAUAGUGGGCAUCUUGAUAGUCAGUUGUUGGACGAUGCGACUCAACUAGCAGACGAAUCUCCUUCCAAGAUACCGCAAGUGACCGGGGAACAGAAAGUCGAGUCAAUCAAGAAGGCACAAGAAGAGGCAGCAACUUCGGAAAUAAUAGCACGGCUACAAUUAACUAGGAAAUACUACCUCGAGGCAAUUCGUUUUAUUGAAGUUCUUCACUCUGCAUCUCAGGUGGUUGUACAACUACUUUCUUCGCGGAACAAGAGUGAGGUCAUUGAAGCAAUGGAUUUUUUUGUGAUUCUAGAUGCAUACAAAAUUGAAACCGCACGCCCAGGAAUUCGACGAAUGUUGCGCUUGAUUUGGACUAAAGGGAACAGCGACGAGGGUAAAGGUGUUCAAAGUCAUCUUAUUGACUGCUAUAAAGGUCUUUUCUUCGACGCUCCUGGCUCUUUCAGUCCAAACGAUGCUUCCAACUAUAUUGCCCGAAAUAUGAUAAGUUUAACUUUUGGUGCCACCCCAGCUGAGCUCACAUCCUUAGAGCAGCUUUUGAGUAUGAUGAUGAAGGUUGGUCACGUCCCAGAACCAGUGAUUUCUAAACUGUGGCAAGUAUACUGCGUACAAAAACGAGAGAUUUCACGGACACAAAGGAGGGGUUCCAUAAUUGUUCUUGGGAUGCUAGCAUUAUCAGAUCCUGAAAUUGUCGUGAAAGAAAUGGAAGCGAUGUUACGAAUUGGGUUGGGUACUUUCGGCAGAACCGACCUUGUUUUGGCUAAAUAUACCUGCAUCGCACUUCAAAGAAUGAAUCCUGGACGUCAGGCAAAAGCGAAGGAUAUUACUUUUCCGAAACUGUCUAAUGAUCACGGAGUUUUAUUGAACCUAGCAGCGAUUACGGAGAUCGUUUCGGAAAGCAAAGAGUGGUUCGGUGUCGCCGAGCAGGCAAUAAAUGCGAUAUAUGCACUUGCCAAACACCCUGAUUCGCUUUGCUCUGAUGUCAUUCGAAGAAAAACAAAAUCCGUUUUUCAACCUCAUAAAGAUAUUCACCAUUCACCGUCAGGUUUUAGUAGUAAUAUAAGACCUCAUACUCCCGAAAAUGAAGAAACGACUUUGUCACAUAAAUCAAAACCUGUUGGGCUAUCUCAACUGCUUUUUAUCGUCGGCCACAUCGCCAUUAAACAAAUUGUUCAUCUUGAGCUGUGCGAACUGGAAUUUAAACGCAGGAAAGCAGAGAAUGAAAAAAAAAAAGUUACUAACCCGCUCUCUCAAGACCAGCCCGAAACCACAGACAACGACGAACUAGACCUUAUUGGAGGUACUACCGAGGACGAUUUUACCGAAGCAAUGGCACAUAUCCGAGAGAGAGAGUUACUUUUUGGUGGCAAAUCCCUGCUCAGCAACUUUGGGCCCCUGGUAACGGAGAUAUGUGCGAACAACAAUUCAUACUCUGAUCGAAAUCUUCAAGCCGCCGCAACCAUCUGCAUGGCGAAACUGAUGUGUAUCUCCAGUGAGUAUUGCGAGAAAAACCUACCCCUCUUAAUUACAAUCAUGGAGCGAUCCGACGACCCUAUUGUUCGAAGCAACGCCGUCAUCGCUCUCGGUGACAUGGCUGUUUGCUUCAACCACCUUAUCGAUGAAAAUACGGAUUUUCUAUAUCGUCGGUUGAAUGAUAUUGAUGCGUCAGUCAAACGGACAUGCUUGAUGACUUUGACAUUUUUGAUACUUGCGGGUCAGGUCAAAGUAAAAGGCCAACUUGGUGAAAUGGCUAAAUGUUUAGAGGAUGAAGAUAAGAAGAUUGCGGAUCUUGCACGGAUGUUUUUCACAGAGCUUGCCACUAAGGACAAUGCCGUAUACAAUCACUUUGUCGACAUUUUUAGCCUUCUCAGCGCAGAAACUAACCUAGAUGGAGACUCAUUGAAGAGAAUACUGAAGUUCUUAGCUGGGUUUGUGGAAAAGGAUAAGCACGCCAAACAGCUGGCGGACAAGUUGGCAGCUCGACUUCCUAGGUGUGAAACUGAAAAACAGUGGAAUGAUGUGGUCUACGCCCUCAGUUUACUGUCACACAAAAAUGACGACAUCACAAAAACAGUUAAUGCAGGCUUUAAAUUCGUGCAAGCCACAGCAUGA